CCUAUUUGUGUGUAUGAGUACAGUGCGACCGAAUUUGGUGAGUUCUUUUAUUGUAAAAGAGACGACAAAGCCAUACCAAAGUCGAUGAUGUGUAUAUAUGCCGUAGAUGCCAGCGGUUACAUGACUGGAUGCAGAUCUGGAGAUCAUUUACAACAUUGUGAGAAUUUCACUUGUCCAGCAAAUACUGUCAAAUGUCCUGGAAGUUAUUGUAUUGAACAACGAUUUCUUUGUGACGGCCAUAAUGAAUGCCCUGGAGGAGAAGAUGAACAAGACUGUACUUGUGGAGACUCGGAUAGAGAAGUAAUCUUAUUCGUGGAAGAUGAAGACUCUGAGAGCAGGGACGCAGCAAUGCAUUUAGCUAAACAAUUCUUUACAAACAGUGAGAAUAACAUCGUUAAAUUGUUUAAUUUCAAUAUUCUUCAUAGAAAAAUGAAGUUUGACAUUGAGUACAGGUUAUUGGAAAUAAAGGUAGAACGCGUUACCAGAGAACAGGGAAUAGAGGAAACUGGAUGCAAGUUUAAAACAAUGGCAAGAGACUUUCUUAAACAACUGAAGUUUUCCGAGCUAGAAAAAAGAGCGCUUAUUGUACUAGAAAACAGUAUUGAAUCAUCAGUUGUCGCUAGCUUAGUAUUGUCCAAUAUUUCAGAGCCAUCGUUUUCAAUAUACCGGGUGAUAAAAGAUUUUAGUUCUUCACUCUAUAAAGAUAACAGAUACAGAUUUGUAAAGGAUAUACAUAUAAGUAAAUGGAGUUCUCUAUUUUCGAUUGGUUUUAGACGAUUUCCAGAAAUAUGUACAGAGGCUACAAUCGUACCAUGUGUUGGAAAGUACAGAUGUUCGUCUAGUAAGCAAUGUAUACCAUUUGAACAAGUAUGUGAUGAUGUCAUUCAUUGCAAAAAUGGUGAUGAUGAACGACUUUGUGAAUCUGAAUGUCCAUUGAAAUGUAAUUGUAUUGGUAAGGUAAUCAAUUGUAAUGCAGCCAACAUAUCAAUGUCUGAUUUUUCGUCAUUUACUGUAAAUGCUAUAAGUCUUGAUCUGAGUAAAAAUCCAAAAAUUGAAGAAAUACCUAAAGAAAAAUUAAGUUUUCCUUACAUGCAACGACUUAAUUUUUCAACAUGUGACAUUCAUUAUAUUCAUAAAAGGGCUUUCUUUGACUUGAAAAACUUGUUAUCAUUAGACCUUAGCAACAAUAGAAUACAGCGAUUACCUGAUCGGGUAUUUAGCAAGCUUCGCGAUCUAACCUAUUUGAAUCUGGAUAGAAAUAUAAAAUUAACAGUGAUUUCAUCGACUGCUUUUAAAGGUUUGAAAUCUGUAAGAAGCUUAAAAAUUUCCGGCACAAACCUGAAAAAGAUAAGUUCACUUACAUUCUUUGACUUGAGAAACUUGUUAUCAUUAGACCUUAGCAACAAUAGAAUACAGCGAUUACCUGAUCGGGUAUUUAGCAAGCUUCGCGAUCUAACCUAUUUAAAUCUGGAUAGAAAUAUAGAAUUAACAAAGAUUUCAUCGACUGCUUUUAAAGGUUUGAAAUCUGUAAGAAGCUUAAAAAUUUCCGGCACAAACCUGAAAAAGAUAAGUUCACUUACAUUCUCGGGCUUGGAGUUGGACAGUAUCGACAUUUCUUACAACAGAAUUGAGGAAAUUGAAGAUUUUGCCUUCAACAACUCGCUUGUUCAUAAGAUUAACUUUGAAGGCAAUAAAGUGAUAACAUUCGGAGAAUUUAUAUUUAACGGCGUCACAUCACUUCGUGAGCUUCAUACACCUGCAUUUAAAUUCUGCUGUAUCCGACCUUGUUAUCUUCCUGAAGAAUACUGCAAACCAUUGAAGAAUGAGUUUUCUUCAUGUGAAGACCUGAUGAGAAACUCUGUACUUCAAGCAGUCCUUUGGAUAGUUGGGUUCGCUUCAUUGUUCGGAAACCUAUCGUCAAUUAUCUACCGGCUCGUGUUCGAUCGUGAAAGGCUAAAAAUAGGUUAUGGCAUAUUUGUAACUAACCUUGCAGUUGCAGAUUUUCUAAUGGGUGUUUACCUUAUCAUAAUAGCAGUGGCUGAUUCACUUUAUAGAAACAGAUAUAUCUUUGUGGACGAUCAAUGGAGAAACAGUAAUUGGUGUAUUACUGCCGGAGUUUUGUCUACAAUUUCAUCUGAAGCCAGUGUCCUCUUUCUUUGCUUGAUAACAUUAGAUAGACUUUUAGUGAUCAAGUUUCCGUUUGGCACAGUGAGGUUUACACCUAUGAAGGCCUAUGUCUCUUGUGCAUUGUGCUGGUUCAUUUCCAUCAUCCUAUCGGUCAUUCCAAUUCUUUACACAAGUCACUUCCAAAACAAAUUUUACUCUAGAACAGGAGUUUGUAUUGCAUUGCCUUUAACACGAGAUAAACCCCCAGGGUGGAUUUAUUCUGUGUCAAUCUUUGUCGGCCUGAAUUUUUGUACAUUCAUUCUUGUUGCUGUAGGACAAAUCUCAAUAUUCACAGAACUUCGACGAUCAACAUCAGCUAUGAAGAAGACACAACUUUCAAGAAGACGUGACUUGAAAGUUGCAAGAAAUCUUAUACUCGUUGCAACAACUGAUUUCCUGUGUUGGUUUCCGAUAGGUGUAAUGGGUAUUUUGGCCUUGAACGGAUUUCCGAUUCCUAGUGAUGUUUAUGCAUGGUCAGCUGUUUUCAUUUUACCAAUAAACUCUGCUCUUAACCCGUUUUUGUAUACAGUGACAGCAAUAAUCGGGAAGAAGAGUUUUAAUCCAAGCCUUGAUGAGCAGAGUCGAACAGCGGUCCAGAAAGAAAUUGGUACCGCCAUUUUGGAAUACCAGCAAUUUAGCAGAUCUGUGCGGAUGACAAGUGAACUUGUACCAGUUGGUACGAAACGUAGUAUUCGAGAAUUUCUUGAUGACGACAGUUGCUUGUCAGUCAAUGUUGUUGCGGCUCUGUGCAAACAACUUGCCGAUUAUCUACGUCUAUUGCAUGUGGGCUUUAUUGCUAUAGAUCAAAUAUGUGAGGAAAACAUUUACAUUACAGUGUGUAAAACAAAGGUUAACAAACCAAUUGUUGUAAUCGAUGCCAAAGCGUUGUUAGCUGCUGAUGAAAGAGCUCUACAGGAAAAUAUUCGCCAAUUUGGUAGCAUUCUGCGAAAGCUUAUCUUAAAAUGUGAAAAGGGUUUAAAGUAAAGACUGGUAUUCAAUGGAAGGAAGUUGUCUCUGUUACGAAGCAUAUGUACUCAGUUAUAUAUAUGAGUGAGACAAAAAUAAGUGUUGGAGCACCAUACUGCUUCUACACUGUCGACAGUAGAGACAUUUCAUUCGUACUGGAUGACGUGAAUAGGAAAUCGAAAUUACUUGACUUUUUAUUUCUGUGUAUAGAUAUUUUUAAUUUCAAGUGACGUACUGUUUUUGUUUUAGAUAUCUUUGUACAUACACGUUCAUUGUUCCGUCAUUAUGUCAUAUCAUACUGUGUCAGAUUAAAAUCGGAACAACUCGGCCUUUAUCUAAAAUAAGCUCGGACUUAAUACGGAUUGAAAUUACACAAAUGUAGUUCUUCAACGUGGUUUAAGAUGUAAUACAGACAGAGCGCGCAAUCUAAA